AUGGCCACACCAACUCGAGCCUCUAUGAAGCCAUUGACACCAUUGCUUCGCGUUGACACAGAAUCUCUCACUCCUCCAUCCCGUAACUCAGGUUACGAUGGCUCUCCUGGCGAGACGAAUAGUGCCAGCCUUACUCCUUCACCGUCAUUUUACAUCCCGCUUUCACCCAAUGUAGACAAAUAUUCUCCUACAGCCCAAUUAGCCAGAAUGGCGCUGUCGCAACACGACUCUGCGAAUCACGCCAGAGAGGAGUCGAAAAAGCUGGUGGGGUUGCUUCUUGACCAGCUUUCUUCUAGAACGCGCCCUCCCUCAAUUUUUGAUGCUUUAAGUAUUCAUGCUACUCCAUCGACUGAGGCAGGUCUUGGUCACUUAAUUGGAGCAGUACGCAAUGUAGUUAAACAGAAGUCACGCAAACGCCUGCAAUCCAUGAAGGAAGAUGGUGACGAUGAAGGGAGUGACUAUGUCGCUUUCUCUUCUGAAACCACUUUUGACCUCAUGGUCCAAUUGAAAGAGGUAUUGCUAUUUUCCGCUUCGCAGGGCUGGCAGGUAUUUGAGCAAGGAGCUUCUGGAUCGGGCACAGAUGCCGAACAAUUCAGCAGACCAUCACCAUUCACCAUUCGCAGCUCUACGAGAAGAAGUAGCAUUAGCGGAGGGUUCUCAAGAUCUCGGUCGCCUUUGUCAAAGGGACACUCGCAAGCUGCUUCGCUUAUAACGCUCUGCAUCUCCAUCCUUUCUUCAGUGAUAUCGGAAGACUGUCGCUUUCAAAUUUCUUCGCCCAGACCAUCCAAGCCUCCAAACGCAUUGCAAUCAGUGUGCCUUGAUAUUGCUCACUUUCUUGUGCAUGUUCACUCCAACGAACCAUCAAUAAUCUCCCGUAUUGCGUUUGCGGUGCUUCCUGCGUUCGGGACAUUUCGAAGCGAGAUGCAUCCGCGUUUGCUGUCCUUUUUCGACAAUGUGAUACUCAGGGGGGUGUCUGAGGACCUCAAUCGAAUCAGGGGAUACACGUCUACAGAUAUUUCGGCAAAAGACCUAGUUGUUAUUAGUCAUGGCCAAGGAAACCCUGUUUCCAUUCAGGUUGAAAUGGCCCUCGAUGACGAAGAGAGUCUAUCUCACCAGACAGCUUCGUGGCAGCCUCAGACGUCUCUCGCCACUGCAAGUCAUCCUGGUAUCCAGGCCACAAAUGCACCUCUCCAGCCUUUGCCUGUAUAUUACCUGGCCUCUAUAAAUGCUCCGUUGUUGGCCGCCAUUCUAGAAAAUAUCGAUACUACUUCGUUGCCACCCACGUAUAGUUUAUGUCGGCUGCUUGAUACCAUAAUCAGCUCUAAGCCAGACUCAUAUUUGGAUGUAUUGGAAGUGAUAGCAUAUCAUGUACCUCAGAGUCGCCGCGCUGCUCUUACUUUGCUGGCAACUUUUUGGCCACGGGCUCUGGGGCAUGUCGUCCUCAGCAAGCCCCUACGUGUCCUUCAGGGGGAACCUCCUUGGACAGGGAGUAUGCCCGAUCCCCCAUUGCAAUCAAGCACUUCUUGUGCGCACGAUUUUGUACCAUGGAGAUUCCGGCAGUCACAGCGGCCAUCGAUAUUUGACGAAGCCGGCUCAAGUUCCUGUCAAUCAUGUGCUUCCCCCAUCAUGGGGUUUGGACUUCUUUGCUGCGGAUGUAUGUGCGCCGUGCACUUCGAAUGCUACGACUACCCGGAAGGCAAUGUUCAUCAUCAAUGCGCCGUGGCGUCCGAUUCGGGAACAAGGAAAUUGGCUGUCCACCGUUUCUGUCUCAUUCCCUCAUCUAAGCGGGACACCGACCUCAUUAAUGUGAAAAGAGCUCAACAUAUUUUCAGACGUGUCAAUCUCUUUACCCUGCCCAUUUGCUUUCAUUGUUUUCUGCCAAUAUGGGGUUCUCAGGCGUUCCACUGCACCUCAUGCAAGCUUUUUGUGCACAUCACGUGCUUCGAUGGACCCUUCGCGAUUUGUGGAUCUGUAGAUAUCAGUUCCGUUCAUAUGGCAGUAUCAUUGGAUAGCAUCAGCCGCACAUUUGCGGACUACUACGGGGAUCUCUUCCUCUCCUCUGAAGACCUAGGGAAGCGGAGUUUUGAGGAUAUCUCUGUGUCAUCUGCGAUGCUCUGGACGCAGCUGCAAAUCUAUAACAAUGGACUCGCCCUCGGUUCGUUUGUCCUAGCAUCAGACAGUAAUGAAGAUCCAGCCAAGGGAUUCGAGCUGCAAUUUUUGGUUGAACUUUACGAAGCUUACUUGUCCUCUGGAAAACUGCCCGUCUCUGCGACUCUCGGAGAAUACCUAGAAGCCAACCAACACAACCCAUCUUCUUCGGCGAUCAUGUUUGAUUGGUCAACAUUAGCUUACAUCUCCUCCACCAUCAAGUCAUCGUACGACGUACAAACACCACCGUCAGGUACUUGGCCAGACUUGCGUGUGCCUGGCGAAAAUGUGGCGAUACAAGAUGACAGUGAUGCAGCACGUCAUCUGUUCGAGGUUGUCACGUUGGGGCAUCUCCGUAAUUCCUUGGGAUACGAAUUUAACAUGUUAUCCGAGGGCCCUGCGCGUCACUGUCUAUCUCAUCUUCACAAACUUGGCUUCUUCACAUGCGCAGAGUUCCCUACAUGUGUACCCGAACUUGCAAAAUCCACCCAACACUGUUACUUCCCACUGCCGCUUGGAUUUGACUUAUCCACUAAUGUGGAGACGUUAGUGUCAGCUAUCGAGGCUUGCCUUUCAGAUUUGGAUCUUUCGGUCAACGAAUGCGGCUUCUUGCUCUUAGUGAGGCGCUUCUGGCCUAGCGGGCUGGCAUCAGAUUAUGCCCUGCGCAGGUUAUCUCAUGCAGUAUUAUCCUGGAUCUUUUCUGAGGAUGACAGUUUGGCAAAAAUUCUUCGUGACUUCAUCCCACAAGGGAUCAAUCUCCCAGGUGUUAGGAGCGGAUCCGAUGCUCCUGUGUGGCCAACCACUUAUGACGCGCGUCGCGCACCAGGUGGUUCCAUUAAUAAUGGUGGAGACUAUGUUGCAGCCAGGCGUUCUCUGCUUCCAAGAUAUGCUGCCCGAUGGCUUCUAGCACUACAUGAUCAAGAUUUUGUUGCAUAUGCACGAUUAUUGUCUGAUAUUAUCCAGGAUAUUGCUUCUCGUCACAAACGCUCAGGUCUCAAUGCACAAGAAUCAUUGUCAACCGCUGAAAGAUCACUGCACUUUAUCACAAGACUGUGCAAAGCUUCAGUCGACUUCACAGUGCUUGAUGAUUUAUUUCUCAUGUGGCUUCAGACACUCGAACCUAAGAUGCUUGAUACAGCGUCUCUUCCAAUUCUGCAACGUCUCCUCAAUCGAGAUUUAGCUGAGAACACAUCUCGCCACACUACAUUUGUCGACCAGGCUUUUACGCAAGUUGAUGGGCACGUAGUGAAGCUAUCUGAUCCAUGGGGCAUAGUUCGACGGGCGGCCAAGGAAAACGGACUUUUGGACAGCCUCCGCUGGUUGAGGUUAUUUGCUCGUUCGGGUGUUGACAUUAACGUACCAGUAUUUGCUGAAUACAGCGAACUGUCACGGAAGGGUCUUGUUACCCUGAAGCAAGCUUCUGUUUUCGCCGAAGCUACCCUCCUAUCCACGUGGACGAAGUCUUUGGGUCAACAAGACCUACAGAAAUCGAUCUCAACUAUGAUCACCACCCUACUACCUGCUAUCGAGAGUUCCCUCCGAUUCUCAAGUGGCAAUACUUCAUGGCAAUGCCUUGCCACUUGCUUGUUGCUUUACGGAUGUGAUCGUGCUAUGCUUACUUCAAACGAAAUGGUAACAGAAGAAGAUAUCAAAAAUCUUCCUUCAAAGAGAAAGCAGAACACGCGCGCAGCUCAGGCUAUCGACCCCAUUAUCAUCGAUGGCGAACUGGUGCUCGUUCUCAGUAUUCUCGUUGCCACCGGCAUGGAGCAAGUUGUCUGUCUCAUUGCAAAAUUUCUACACUCUUUUAUUAUGCACGCUCCACUUCUCGAGGCACAUGAGGUUGAUAACUUUGUGUUGCGCAAUGGAAGCACCCUGUAUCCAUGUGUCUGGCACUUUUACGGGAUCCAGCAUCAUGAGAUCGCAGGCAUCAGGACCGCCUUAUUCCUUAGAAUAUUAAUCGUUGAUUCGCAGUCGUUUUAUGAGUUUGCGUCCUCGAUGAGCGGACCAGCAGUGAAAUGGGAUAUCAGACUCUUGGCCCUGGACAGAUUCCUUCGCAUGAUCGGCCCUGGAAACACAGCGUCAGUUGACCUCUUCUACCACGCAUUUGAACCGCUCUGGAUCGAUGAGAAGGAAGAAGUCAGAACAGCGGUUGACACUUGGUUGCAGACAUUGCUUUCGGCCCAUUUGGAUGCCAUUGCAUCAUGUUGGAACGAUGCUUUCCCCGAUCUACCUACGUCAAAGCGUCUCCGGCUGGUUUCCUUUCUUCUUCAGCUCCAAUCACAUUUCCCGACGUGGAGAGUGCUCUCUUGGAGCACAGUUAUCGAGACAUUGCUUGAAUAUGAUUACUUGCAACACAACAGCAACGAUGAAGAUGGUCCUGCCAUUCCUCACCUUGAAAUGUACGGGUUGGAGGCUCAAAAUGAUGCCCACCCGCGAGACUUGGACCCAGAAAUUCACUCCAUUCGGAUAUCGAUCGCGUUGCUUGGGUUGCGCAUGAUGAAAAACGGAGUCGAGAUCGAUCUUAUGUCAUGCCUGAAGUUCAAGCUGUAUCUGGUCAGAAUGAUUGGCUUCAGUGGGGCGCAGAUGGUCUCUGCGUUCAACGGGCGGGCAUUCUCAGUCCACUUGGAUGACUUUGGUGGUAUUCCACAAGAGUCUUUGCCGUGUGUAAACGAAUUCGCACGCAUCUUGGAUGCCCCUCAUCCAUUUAACCUGCCGCCCUCCCUUAUGAACAGCCCGUUUACUGAAGACGACAGACCUUGUCGCGUGCUCAUCGGGUCUAUUUGGAUGGAUGUCGUGCUAAGUGCUUUCUGCGCGGUAGACAAACCACUCGAGCUCCCAGCUCUUACCUUGAAGAGCUUGCUAGAAGCACUGAUGGCAAUGAUUUAUAAGCAUGACUUCGAUAGCCCCGCGCUCCGACAUCUCGACGUUAUGCUCCGCAAGGCAUUAAAGAAGACCUUGGACCUGUUGUUGGUUGACCUGAGCUAUGACUUGCGGCAAGUGGCAUUAUCAGUUAUAGAGACAUACAUCAAGAGGGGGUCUGCCAUAUCUGGCGCGCUAGUGACUGAAUCAAUCGAACGUGCUGUUGCACUGAUUGCAUCGUUGAAACAUAACACUGAAGACAUGCUAGUCACUCAAGCGAAAUCGUUUGUCGAGAACACGCUUGUCACAUUGGCACAAAGUGGAGUGUUCUGCAGUCUGUGCAGACGCCCGCUGGACUCGGAUUUUUUUAUUGUAAUAAAAUCCAUCGUAGAAGCUGAAUCCCUCAGGGCUCCCUCGUCACAAGAAAGCCUACGAGAAGUGCUCUUGCAGAGUGUCGUGAUACAACCUCCAGACGCAGAUUGGGAGAUCAAUCAUAAUAUUGCUUUGAAUGUGAAGGAAUACACAGAGUCGGUCUACUUUGAAGGGCUUAGCAAAUGGUUAAUCAAAGACCUCAUAAAUUGGCUUACGGUGACGGCACGCCGAGCAUUGGCUCUGGAAAGCAGCGCCAGAUUUGACCUCAAUCUCCUAUUGUAUAUUUCCGCAACUCUUUUGCAGUAUAACAAAGCACACACUGAGGAUCUCCUGGAGUGUAUAGAAGCUGUACUGAGAGUCGCAUUAUCGAGGUGCAAUGUGGAGAAACAGUGUCUAGUCCGGGCAUCACGAGCUGUUAGUGCUCUCAGCGACACAACUCUAAGUUCGAAGCAGGACUUGAUAUCUUCUAACACGAACCGCAUAACGCACAUCUUGCUGGAAGUUCUGGAAGAUGUUUUUCGAGCCAGAGCACAAAUCACGCCUUCCACUUUGAAUGCGAUCGUCGAAACGAUCCUUUGCACUGAUGUCCGAAUUGUUGGACUACAACAAGUGGCGUGCAGUGGGCUAUACUUUCUACACAAUCAUGAAUGGGUAAUAUCUGACCCAAGCGCGGAGUUAUCUGCCUCAAUUUCUGUUUCGCGAUUGGUCCUCCGUGCUGUAGAUGUCGAGCACGUGUCGCUUUCAGAGAUGAUUGCCGAAGGUUUCGAGAAACCCACACAAGCUGGCACAGUUGUCCGUGCUUGGAAUAUUCUACUGCUCGGUGUACUUAGCGACUCUACUGGCGCACAUGUCCGGAUCUUAUUACCGCAGUUGAAUGUCUUCACGCCGGCAUAUUACAAGUGCUUGGGCACAUAUGUGCUUGAAGGGACGACGCCUUCCGAAUCUGCUAUGGCAGACGUGGAACACGCUUUCAUAGCUCUCAAGUUGUGGUUGCUGCUUGCACAAAUGCCGCUUGCCAACCCAACGAAAGAUUCGCCCAGCGCUAAAGUCAUUUGGAACGAGUUGUGGCCUCCAUUCGAAGCGCUGGUGAAUCUCUUCAAAGCUGACAGUGUCCCGGAAGACCUCUUGUUGUCCCGGGCUCUAGAUGGAGAACCUUUACCUGAAUUGCUGUCGAGCGCGGUCAUUGCUCAAGCAAAACAGGAUGUUGAGAAUGCAGAGAAGUUGCGACUGUUGGAAAGUGUGCAGCGACCCGUGGAACGUAGAAGGGACACGCGGAUUCCUACGUGGCCCCCAUACAACAUCAAUUCACAAUAG